GUUACUAUUUUGUGUAUUAAAAUGGCAGAAUCCAGUGUUUCUUUGGCUCAGGAUCAGUUCAGCUGUUCAAUCUGUCUGGAUCUACUGAAGGAUCCAGUGGCGCUUACCUGUGGACACAGUUACUGUAUGAGCUGUAUUACAGGCUGCUGGGAUCAGGAUGAUCAGAAGGGAGUCUACAGCUGCCCUCAGUGCAGACAGACCUUCACUCCAAGACCUGUUUUAGGUAAAAACACCAUGCUGGCUGAAGUGCUGGAGAAACUCAAGAAGACAAAACUCCAAGCUGUUCAUCCUGACCAGUGUUUCGCUGGAUCUGGAAAUGUGGAGUGUGACGUCUGUACUGGGGACAAAAACAAAGCCAUCAAGUCCUGUCUGGUGUGUCUGAACUCUUACUGUCAAAAUCAUCUUGAACAACAUGAGACUUUCUUCAGAAGUAAGGGACACAAUCUAAUGGAUGCCACUGGACAACUGCAGGAGAUGAUCUGCCCUCAACAUGAGAAACUACUAGAGAUCUUCUGUCGUAGUGAACAGAAAUGUAUUUGUUUGCUGUGUAUGGUGGAGGAACACAAAAAUCACAACACUGUAUCAGUUGCAGCAGAGAGGACUGAGAAACAGAGACAGUUGGAAAAAACACAGAGAAAUUUCCAGAAGAGGAUCCAGGAGAGACAGAAGGAGCUUGAGAAGCUGAGAGAGGCUGUAGAGUCUCACAAGUGCUCUGCACAGGCAGCAGUGGAGGACAGUGAGAGGAUCUUUACUGAGCUGAUCCGCUCCAUUGAGAGAAGCCGCUCUGAGGUGACACAGCUGAUCAGAGAUCAGGAAAAGGCUGCAGUGAGUCGAGCUGAAGGACAACUGGAGCAACUGGAGCAGGAGAUUGAAGAUCUGAGGAGGAGAGACGCUGAGCUGGAGCAACUUUCACACACAGAGCAUCACAUCCAUUUCUUCCAGUGUUUCCAGUCUCUCUCUGUUCCUCCUGGAUCUACAGACACGCCCAGCAUAACUGUCAGUUCUCGUCUCUCUUUUGAUGAUAUUGGUAAAUCUGUGUCUCAUCUGAGAGAGAAACUGGAGCAUUUCUGCAGAGAAGAGAUAGAGAAGAUAUCUGGUCAACUAACAUACAUUGAGAUCUUUCCCACACCUGAGCUCAAGUCCAGGGAGGAGUUUUUACAAUAUUCCCAUCAGUUCACUCUGGAAAUAAAUACAGUGCAUAAAAGAAUUUGUCUGUCUGAGGGGAACAGAGUGAUUACAUACACUGACACGGUCCAGCCGUAUCCUGAUCAUCCAGACAGAUUUGACACUGUGGAGCAGGUGUUGUGUAGAGAGAGUGUGUGUGGACGCCGUUACUGGGAGGUUGAGUGGAGUGGUAAGGUCGGUAUAUCAGUAUCAUAUAAGAGAAUCAGCAGGAAGGGAGAGAGAAAUGAAUGUGCUUUUGGACGCAACAUUCAGUCUUGGAGAUUAUUUUGCUCUCCCUCCACAUGUUUUUUCUGGCACAAUAACAAAAAGACUAGACUCCCUGUAGUCUCCAGCUCCUCUAGAAUAGGAGUGUAUGUGGAUCACAGUGCAGGAACUCUGUCCUUCUACAGCGUCUCUGACACAAUGAACCUCAUUCACAGAGUCCACACCACAUUCACUCAGCCUCUCUAUGCUGGGCUUAGAGUCAAUUAUAAAUUUGGAUCAGUUUCAAAAGUAAAACUGUGUGAAUUGAACUGUAUUGAAGGUACAGAGAAUCAUGUUUAAGGUCAAUGUAAAAUCAGUGAAAAAUGUCGAGUGGAGUCUUUUCUUUAUUUAUUUCCAGAUCAAUAUACUAUCUGAACUCCUAUCAGGGAAAUAACAUGAAACUUUAUUUGUGUGUAAAUCUUAGUUUAAUCAGAUAAAUGAAUAUUUAUAAAGAAAGACUAGAAGAAACUAUGUGGAAAUAUCAUCAUUGACACCGACAGCAGAAAUAAUACUUGUAAUGUAACUU